CAUAAAGUGUUAUUACGCGGACGUGUUUUGUAACAAGCGACAUUAUUAAUUUAGUCUUGUACAGUACUUAACGUAUCAGAGAUAUUUAAUCUCGUAGAUAAUUAGGAUUUCGUGUAUUUUAUCGUAUUUAUCAAAGUUAUUGUGUUUGUGCUUCGUAGUGCAGUGUUCAUUUACGUAGUUGUGAUUUAUUUUUUUAUUAUUACAUAUUUUGUGGCAGUUAUACAGUGAAUAAUGAAUUUAUCGUUCGCUGGUUGCGGGUUUCUUGGCAUAUAUCAUGUCGGAGUCGCAGUGUGUUUUAAAAAAUAUGCACCACACUUGCUCUUAGGUAAAAUCUCUGGCGCCUCAUUUGGUGCCUUGUCAGCCUGCUGUUUACUUUGUGAUGUGCCUAUAGGUGAAAUAACCAGUGAUGUCCUCCGAGUGGUGGGGGAGGCGCGGGCAGGGUCCCUCGGCCCCUUCAGCCCGUCGUUCAACAUCCAGAAUGUGCUCCUAGAGGGCAUGGACAAGUACCUGCCACACGAUGUGCACAAGAUCGUCAGUGGCAAGCUGCACAUAUCACUCACGAGAGUGUACGAUGGGAAAAACGUGAUAGUAUCUGAGUUCCCGACGAGGCAGGAUUUAAUGCAGGCAUUACUAGCGUCAUGUUUCGUGCCAGUGUUCAGUGGUAUGUUACCACCGCGGUUCCACGGCAUCCGAUACAUGGACGGCGGCUUUAGCGACAACCUGCCCGUGCUCAACGAGAAUACCAUCACAGUCAGCCCCUUCUGCGGAGAGAGCGACAUCUGCCCGAGGGACCUUAGCUCGCAGUUGUUCCAUGUCAGUAUAGCCAACACAAGCAUAGAGCUAUCAAAGCAGAACAUCAAUCGAUUCGCCCGCAUUCUCUUCCCGCCGAAGCCAGAAGUUCUUAGCAACAUGUGCAAGCAGGGCUUUGACGAUGCCCUAAGGUUCCUGCACAGGAACAACAUGAUCUCAUGCACAAGGUGCUUGGCCGUGCAGUCUACCUUCCAACUGCAGGAGGUCUUGGAUGACACCGUGUACGAUUAUGACCCGGACUGUGAGGAGUGCAAGACACAUAGACAGGAUGCACUAGUAGACGACCUACCCGACACAGUGAUGUCGAUAUUCCAAAACGCAAUAGACUCGGCCAACCACGGCAUCGUGAACUGGGUGAUGCGACAGCGUGCAGUACGCUACCUCAGCAUCAUGACACUUCCAUACCGCGUACCCAUUGACAUCAUGUACGCUACUCUCACCAAUGGCAUAACAACUAUCAAGAAUGGCCGUAGGCUUGUUUACGAAGACUUUGAUCUCGUGACAGCUAACCAACACGCCCUAGCCCUGCUGGAUUUGGCGAAGAGAAUUAUGAACCUCUCAUUCGUAGCGUGCACCCCGAAGAUGUCGCGGUCGCUGUGGAAGCUCAGUCUCAACAUCAUCCAGCAGCUCCACGGGUUCCUGUACUCAGCUCACGAUCGGUCCGAGGCCGCCGCGCAGAUAUACUACAAACUCACCAUGGACGCCAAAAAGGAGGUCACGGACGGACGCCAGAUGGACAGGAGAAGAGCGAGCGAGAUGCGCAUAUCGUACGGAGACGUGCUCGCAGACGACACGUUCGAGCACAUCCUCAACGUGACGUCACACAACGACGCACUCCUGGCGUAUUACUACCUAGAUAGCGACAAUAAGAUGAAAAUGACGGAGAUAUACGACGUGACGGACGCGGACACGGACGUCGUACAGUCGCCGACGGAGCGCGUCGUCAACGAGCAACUCGAGUUCGACAACGACUGGUCGCGCGACAUGAUCGCAGACACAGACUCGCUAGACGUGGACGGCCUCGACCUGGACUCGGAGUCGCUCGCCGACCGCAACAUAUUCUCGGACCCCGAGAGCGAGUGGCGCCGACACUCGCUCGCUAGCUCCGAAAGCGACGCCGAACAACCCGAGAGCGACCGCCAGCAUCUCUACGAGGCUUGAUGACGUCACCACUGACAAGUGGAGAUAUCAUUGCUACCAGACCUUAGAAUUAACAUCACUUUGACUUAAAGUUAUAACUUUAUCGCGUAUAAUUACGUUUUGAAAACUAACCUCGCGAAGGGACGGCGUUGUCCCAGAGGUCUCAGAGAAGACCUCGGCGUUCGGGAGUGUCGUUGUUUAAAAGUCCACGGUACGCUGCUGCAAUUCCGUAUCGCCAUCUUUUAUUAAGCAGCAGUGUGUUCGCACCUUUAUGGAAUUUUGGGGCGUCAAAUCUAACCUAAACAUGUGUAUUUACCUAUCGUAAAGUAUGUAUGUAUGUAAACACUUUAUUGUACAUAAGACAAAUUGUGACGAUUAUAAAUCUCCACAACUGGUCCUGUCGACGGCGGAGCAAGCUCAGAUGGACUUCUGCACUAGUCAUAAUCCGGUCAACCAUAUUGCGCAAUUUGGAGUUCGCCGUUGAAAUAUCAAGAGUUACAGCGCUAACAUCUCUGACUUCGUGUCAUCGACGCAUAGGAUAGGCGUAAAAAGUUUCUCUGUUCCUGACAGGCUUAGCAAAUAAAAAUGUUCAAAUAGCGUCGCCUACCGUACUAGGCAAUCUAGGCAUCUUGAAGUAGUGACAAUAAAAAUAUAAAGCAUAUUUACGAUUCACAGUUACGAUUUUGAAUUUUCUAACUCGAUACUUGAACUUAUUAUAUAAAAUAUUAAUAAUUCAAUUAAGGCUGGUGGUGUUUGAAAUUAUAGAAUAUUAAUUAUUCUAUGUGAUAUAUGUAAAAUAAAAUCAUAGGUCUGUUGAAAGCUAACAAAAACUGUGUAUUUUUGACAUUUGUAUCCCUAAAAAUAAGUCAUAGUAACUUACAUAGAAUGCAACAUUAAAUGUAGAUAUAAAAAUAUCAUGCCAGUUUUUAUAUGACUAUAAAUUACAUAUUACAAUAUCCUGUAACAAGUUACCUUAGAUUCAAAGCAAAAAUGUGAUAAAAUAAAUAUAUAUGUUGUUUCGUUUUAGUUUAGAAAUUUGUUACCUAGGUCUCAAAUCUAACUGACGAUAUAAGAAGUAUGUAUUUACCAAUCGCAUAAGCUCUAGGUAUUCCAAUAUUUUAGGUGAUGGUAAUUUAAAUAUGCUUACCAAAGUGAAGGAAACCUUCACCAAGAUUGUUUUUUCAAUUUGGUAACACAUUAGUUAGAUGAAUAUCCCUUUGUAAACAAUAUAACACAAUGCAUGUAUAGUAUGAAUUUUCUGAGAUGAACGUUUCGCUUUUGCCGUAAUCUGUUAAACAAACGCCUUUGUUUCUAUUAUUCACGGUGGCUAGCUCCCGUUUCCACAGCACGUGCUAAAGUCUCAGUGUAG